AUGUCAUUCCUAUUACCACCCACUAUUGCGCUCAGUUCAGCCUGGUUCUUCAGUUUCAACGACUCCUACUUGAUCUACAGGAAUGAUUCUGAUUCCGAGACGCGUGGCUUUCUCAGAGUCAACGGAUCGAAUGUCUUCAGCUCAUUAGCAAAGUUCGAAGUGGUGACGGCCAAUACUGGGACGGGACUGGUACAUAUCAGAUGCUCUCAUAAUAAGAAGUUCCUGCGAAGGAGAACUGAAGGUAAUGUGAACCUUUCUCCGGAGGCUGAUGAACCAGAGGAGGACCAAUCCAAAUGGUCAUGUACAUUAUUUGAGCCUCAAGUAGCUGAAGAUGGCAACCCCGACAAAGCCCGGUUAUUCCAUGUCCAAUCAAAACAAUAUGCAACGGCAUGGGACAUAGGUGGAGCAGUAAGGGUCUUGAGAUUAUAUGGAGAGCAGCAUGGUCAGAAUAUCUUCGAUAUCAUCGACUUGGAGUCAUUGGUGAUAUUGCCAAAGCAUGUGGCCUUCAAAGGCCACACCGGCAAUUACCUUCAGCUUGUGGCGGAUGCUAAGCUCAGGUUCAUAUCCACCGAUAAGGGGAUUCCUGAGUCCUGGUUCGAGGUGUCCACUGAUGGCCAUGGAAGGGUACAGAUCAAAUCUUACCACGACAAUAGCUACUUUUUUAACAGCAGUGACAGGAUUUGGUCUGACCCAAGGGUUGCCGCCACCGAUACUAGCACCUUGUUUUGGCCGGUGAAGGUCGACAGUAAUAAGGUCGCUCUCAAAAGCAACAACAAGUUUUGCGCCCAAAUCAGUGAUGCUAAUGGAACCGAUGCCCUCAAUGCAGUCUACAUCAGCAUUCCAACCAACUCACGCUUCACGCUGGAAGAGCUUGUUCUCUCUAGGAGAAUUUACAACACAGACUUUGACCUUAAGAAUGCCAUAAUCUACGGUGAGACUCCGGUCACCAUGGCCACCGCAAACGCCAGCAACAACACCUCAGCAGACAACACUGUGGAAUUCAAGUUCGCUUACACGGAGAGUAAGAGCAGCACGUGGAGCGCCAGCCACUCGUGGAUGGUGGGAGUGAGUGCCACCGCCAGCUUCAAAGUUCCAUUCAUCGGCGGUACUGAGGUCACUGCUUCAGCAAAAUAUUCCGGAUCAUACGAGUGGGGAGAGACAAUUACAUCCGAAAACACGUUGGAGACCACCUACACGGUUACAGUGCCGGCAAACACUUCGAUAUCUGUGAGCUUGAUGGCGACUAAGGGAACUUGCGACGUGCCUUACUCUUAUUACCAGCGGGACGUGCUUUAUAAUGGUAAAACCGUUGUCUAUAAGAAAGAUGACGGGCUGUACACGGGUGUUAAUUCAUACAACUUCCGCUAUGAGGUUACAACACUGAAAGAGCCAGAAACUAGAGCUGAUUUGCCGACCAGACAGCAGAAGUUGCCGGACCCAUCGGUCGACCCCUCCAUAGAACAAAAGCUACCUCUGCCCGUGCUGUCUGAAUCAACCACCAGAGUGCAAAACAAGGUGACCUCGACCACCACCCCGGAGCAAGAGUUGUCAAAGCUAGGAUUAGAAGAUGCAGCCAGCACUGCCAUGAAACCCUAG